UCACGCCACAGUGAGGAGACGUCAAAUUACAAAAAGAAGAUACAUAGCAUGGAGAGUGAAAUCAAAUCACAACAUGACGAUAUUGUUUACAAGGACGAGAGAUUACGUCAACUUCAAUCUCAGCAUGCUGAUGAAAUUGCCCGAAUGCGUUCUUCACAACAAGAACAGUCAAGUCGUUUAAGUCAUCUUCAAUUAACUAUCGAUGAAAGGGACCAUGAUUUGAAGUCACUUCAAGGAAAUCUGGAUAAGGCCAAAUCCGAUUUGGAGUACACAAAGAAUCGACUUAGUGAGGUGGAAACGGAAUGCUCACGCAUAAACAACGAAUUGAAUACCAAAUCAGAAAAACUACGAGUUAUGGAACUGGAAUAUCAAAGUCAGUUGGAAGAAGUCGGUCGUUUACAAAGCAAUUUUGAUGAUAGCAAAGCAAAGGCAAGUAUCAUGCAAAAGCGAAUCGAGGAGAGGGAACAACGACUGAGGAAAUUGGAAACGGAAAACCACGAUUUCCUGGAUGAAAUUCAUGGUCUUAGAAAACGCAAUCACGAGAUGGAAAGUCAUAUUGAUGUUCUGCGUCAGAGGCUCCUGGAUAAAGGUGAACAGACAAUACCUCUUGCUUUAAGCACUCCAACACCGAGAUUUAUGAGGAGUGCCACUGAAAGGCCAACAGGAGUUCUAUCAGUUGAGGCAGAAAACUUAAGAAAACGCAAUGUGGAACUAGAAGAUGAGCUGCAUUCACUCAAGAAACGCACUCAAGAUCUGCAAAUCCAGGUGGAUCAUCUCAAUUAUGAAAGGGAGAAUCUCAACAAAUCGUACGAAGAGGAGUUGAAGAAACGAAUUAUGCUUGAAAGUUCCGCUCCCACUAAACAAACUGCAAGUACGGAUUUCUCACAAACAUCAGUCGACAAAGACGACCAUACCUUGACGAUAAAGCAGCUUAAGAGUGAGAUUGAGAGGAAGGAAUUGCAGAUUCGACAGUUGACAGAACAAGUAAAACGUAGCACUGCUCUCACUCGUCUCUCCAUCUCUGAUGGAAAUGAAAAAGAUGCGUCUGCUGUCGAACUGAAGCUGAACCUCCAGCGGUUAGAACAAGCUUUAGAUGCGGCCAAUGACCAAAACCGUAUCCUACAAGCUCACAAUGAAUCGGCCAUACUUGAGUCUCAGCAGAAACACUUAAUUGAAAGGCAAGCGCUUCAGGAACAGAUCACCGCUCUUAGACAGAAUAUCAGUGAAUUGACAGCUGAAAAGGAACACUUGCAAAGAGAAAACUAUCACUCCUCUAGUCGGAUUCAAGAGGUAACUCGACAGUUAAGAGAGACCCAAUUGAAUUGUGAUUCAAUUGCAAACCAGAGAGAUAAUCUACAAAGCAGAUUGGAGCAACUUCAGCAAUCGAGUGGCGGAAUGCGCUCAUACGGUACAGCUGGACUCUCUAUUCUGGGUCGUCCAGCUUCAGUAGCUGCCGGCUACUCCGAUAUGAUAUACCCUUCAACUGGUGCAAUAAUGACUGGAGGACAGCUGUCUCGAGAGUUGGAUCGACUACAUACUGAGCACGAAGCUAUAAAGGGUCAGUUAGAGAGCGCCCAGCGUUCUGCUCGACAAUUCAAGCAGGAGGCUGAGUCGGCUAAACGCGAGGCUUCUGACCUUCGAGAAAACCUGAAGCAUACACAAGAACUCCUGCAAGAGUCCGAAGAAAACUUGCGCAGGAUCAAGGAAGAGUCGACAAGGAAGGUCAAUUUAGAGACUGAGAAGUACAAGCAACAACAGGAGGAACUUUGCAAACAGCUGGAAAAUUUGAACAAACAGGUUUCGGCUAAAGAUACCUUGGUGGAGAAACUAACAAGUCAGUUGUCAUCAGUCCAGGAAAACUGCAAGCAGUAUGAACAGCAACUCAUUCAAAUUAAUCAACAGAUGGAGUCAUUGCCUUCACAGCAGGAUCAAGUUGCGUUUGAAAGGAAUCAACAACAACGCUUAAGCUACGAGCUGGAGACCGUAAAGAAAGAGCUGAGCCUUCGUGAAAACCAGUUUAAUCAGCUGACGCAGAAGCUCAACCAAUCACUAAAGGAGUCAAAUGACCAAUCACAAGUGAUAGAGCAGUUAAAUCAACAAUUGGCCUCGGCAAAAAUGGUGGCACAAAAAGCAAGAGAGGAAGCAGAGAAUGCACAAAGAAAAGCCGCCGCUUGGGCCACUGAACAAUCAGCAGCCAACUCAGAGCAGAGCCAGCGUGAUCAUGAAACCAUCGCUGAACUCAAAGACGAUCUUCAGAGAGUAGUUAAUGAAAAUGAAAUGCUUAAGCAGAGAGCACAACAAUUGGAAAGCGAUCUCAAGGUUAAGAUAGAGGCCUAUGCAACGGAGGUUGAGAGGGCCCAGACUGCUGAAGAAGUCUGUAAGCAGGAACAUCUGCCGAUAAUUAAUCGACUAUCACAAGAAAACAUGGAUUUGAAGGUGGCCUUGAAAGAUGCAAGUCAAGCUCAAUCUAGAAGCCCAAUCAGUGAUGAGUCCGCCAAUCAUAACUUGAAGCAGGAAGUGGACAUUUUGAAGAAAGAACUAGAUAAACGAGACGCUGUCAUUACGAAAUUGGAAAAGGAGUGUAACGAAAAACACGUCCGCAAGUUGGAGGCUUUACAGGUUCAAUUGCGAAGAUAUGAGGAGGAAGUGGCGAACCUGAAUCGUGUUCUGGAUGAACAACGAAAAGGAAUUGAGGAUCGAGAUAAUCUCGUUCGGCAGAUGAGAACAGAGAGCCAAAAGGCAGGCGGUCAAGCCGAGUUGGAGAAGUUGAAGGCGGAGCACGAGCGUUGUGGUCAGCAAAUACAGGCUAAGCAACAGCAGCUUGAAACUCUGAUGCAGCAGCUUGAACAACAGGCGGAAGAGAUUCUUACCACAAAGAUCGAAGCACUGACAGCCUCAAUUUGUGAGAAGGAUGCCAAUCUUGCUUUAAUUCAAACCACCGGACCACCUAAUGCUUCUUCCAAUAGUGCUGUCCAAAAGCUCAUGAGCGAAAAGGAGACCAUACAAACACAACUUAAACAACUUACUUUUGCUCGGGAUGCCUUGGCGGAGCAACGCAAAGCACAUUAG